AUGGACAUCAAUUCUGCUUGGAUCUUCAUCGGUGGUUUAUCAGACUGCCUCACCGAGGGUGACAUCAUCACAGUUUUCUCUCAAUACGGCGAAGUGGUGAACAUUAAUUUACCGCGUGAUAGACGGACCGGCAAACCUUGUGGUUUCUGUUUCCUUUGUUAUCAAGAUAAAACCAGCACCAGGCUAGCUGUCGACAACCUUAGUUGUAUAAAUUUGCUUGGAAGAACCUUAACCGUGAAAUAUGUUGAAGAAUACAAGGUCCCAAAGUAUAGAGAAAAUGUUGAUGAAGAAACAAAGCGCCUAUGGGAGGAGGGUUGCGGCCCGAAGCCUAUUCAGAGAGUUAAAGAAGAAAAGCACAAGAAAUUAUGCCGCGAGAGAAAUACGAGCAUAAACGUCGACAAAAAACAUCAGAAACGCAGGCGGAAAGAAAUGAAGCGUCCAGGUGAUAGAUUCCCGGCACUCCAAAAGAUUGUUGCCCCCCAUGAUGACAAAAACUCGAAGGUUCUCUCCGAGGUCAAGCCUCUUGUGAAGGAAGGUGGUUGUCGUAUCCAAAAUGGGGACCUAGUGAGAAGAAGGGAAGAAUUCAUUUACAAUCCUCGUCCUCCGCUUGAAAAGGCCAACUGGCAUGACAUAGAAGUUUGGAGGGAAACACGAAAGCGUGAGAAGGGUCUGAAAAGGACGUCUGCAUCAACGGAUGACGAAUUCUUCGUCCCCAAACGAUAUCGGUAG